AAAUAAAGUAAAAAUAUAAAAUGGCGGGUAAGACGUUCCUUGCACUCAUCUUGGAUGUUGGCCCAGCGAUGUGCCAGGCACCAGCUGGCCAUGAAACUGCACUGGAAACGUCGGUUAAAGCGAUAAAGAUGAUUCUUACGAGAAAAAUGUUUACCUCGCCUAAGGAUGAAAUAGCUCUGGUUCUCUUCGGAGCUGAGGAAACCGAGAAUGAGUUGGCAGAUGGUUCUGGUGGGUAUGAGAAUAUCAAAGUUGCAAGAAAGUUUGCUUGCCCUGAUCAGGAUUUUCUUCAGUAUGUUCAUGAUGGAAUCGUUCCAGGGAAUGAGGAAGCAGACUUUGUUGAUGCAAUUGUGGUUGCUACACAUCUUCUAAACCAAGCCACAAUGGGUAAAAAGUGUGGUGAAAAAAACAUGAUGAUGUUCUCGAAUUUUGGAUCCCCUUUUGGAGAUGAUGGCUUGGAGGCCAUUAUCGAUGGCAUAAAAAAUUUGGAAACUAAUUUUACAGUUGUUGGACCAAACUUACAUGAUGAUGAUGACGAGGAUGAUGGUGAUAAUGACAGCACGAAUACUCAAGUGCCAACCAAUGCUGGACGAGCUCACAGAAAACCAAAGACGGCACAACAGAAACUUGGUGAAGAAUGCAUAAAACAAAUCCUAGGCGAAGUGGAAGGACAGACAUUUACUUUAAGCGAUGUAUUGCCAAUGUUGGCCUUCGUUGAAAAGAAAGCAAUCAAGCAAACUACAACGUUUCGUGGACCUCUUCAAAUUGGAUCGAACAUCAAGAUAAAUGUCUACGGUUAUAUUAGGGUGAAAGAACAGAAGCCAGACUCAUGGAAAAAGCUCUCAGCUCCAGCUGAAGCUUCGCCAGAACCGGGCGACAUGGGUGUUGCAAUACAGAGAACCUAUCAUCGAGAUGACGAGGAUGAAACUGAGGUUGAAAAAGAGGAUUUGGCAAAAGGUUUUCGUUAUGGUAAAACUUUGGUUCCAUUUUUGAACGUCGACCAACAGAGCAUAAAAUUGGAAGCAGAGAAAUGUUUAAAAGUGCUUUGUUUUACGCCUUCGUCUUGUGUGAAACGACAUCAGUAUAUGGGUGACAGUGUUGUAGCUUUUGUCCCUGAACCUGAUGACCAGGCUGCAGCUGUCGGUCUAUCAGCCAUCAUUCGUGCUCUAUACGAGUCGGACAAAGUCGCUAUCGUGAGAUACGUGUUCAGAAACAAUGCUACACCAAAGAUUGGCUUUCUUAGUCCACACAUCAAAGAAAACUACGAGUGUUUGUUGUUUACGGCUUUGCCAUUUGCUGAAGAUAUCAGACAGUUUACAUUCGCCUCUCUACCGUCAACUUCGAAACAAGAACCCACAGAUGAACAAAUGGAAGCUGUUGAUGAUUUUAUUAACAGCUUGAUUCUUGGCAAAGAAAAAAGCGAUGCUGACGAAGGCACAGAAGACGCUUUGAAACCGAAAGAGAUAUUCAAUCCGUACAGACAGCGACUUUUUCAGUGUAUCGUACAUCGGACAUUAAACCCCGGAGAACCUCUCCCGGACAUUGAUCCAGUGAUUGAAAGUUCCGUUCAGCAACCUCACGAUAUUCAGGUUCAGUCAGCCGCUCAUCUCGAAAAAUUAAAGGAACUGUUCCCACUGGAGGUUGUCGAGAAAAAGAAAUCAAUGAAAGAUGAAGAAAACGUGUUCAAGACGAGCAUGGAUCUUGGUUUAAGUGACGAUGGUCGUGAAGCGAAACGGCCGAAACUCGCUGGCGAUUCUGUUAUCAGCAUGGACGACUUAACGAAAUCUGAAGUUACUGAGGUUGGAACUGUUGAUCCUGUUGGCGAUUUCACAUAUCUUGUGAAUCUCAAAGAUGUUGACCGCUUCAGCGAAGCGUCAAAACAAAUGAAGGAUCGCAUUCUUCAGCUUGUUUUGGAUUCAUUCAGAGACGAGUUUUAUGACAAGGCAAUGCUGUGCAUACAUGCAUUGCGUAAAGAAUCCAUCAAGGCAGUGGAGGGGCAAAUGUUCAACACCUUUCUUGAAGAUUUGAAAGAGCAACUUUGUAACAAGGCAUCGUUCUGGGCUCGAAUUAAAGAAGAAAAGGUAACUCUGAUCAAUAAAAACGAAUGUGGCGAUGUAAAUAUCACAGAGGAAGCUGCAAAAUCGUUUUUGGAAGAUGUCACCAGCACACCGGAAGAAACCCCAGAAGAACCAGUGGAAGACAUCGACGAUUUGCUUGAAAUGAUGGGUUGAACUGUACUGUUUUAUGUCUACACUACAGUAAGUCCACCCGCAAAUUUAUUGGUAUAAGCUCAGUUUAUUGAUGACAGCCAUUUCCAUUUCACCUUUCCGAACAUUUCCGUACUUCUUUUAAGUUUUGUUCCUUCAUGCGUUGAUGAACGAUUGGCGGCAAAAAAACGAUGAACGUUUGCCCCGACGCUAAUUUAUAGUUAACGUUUAUUUGUUGAUUGUAGAUAUAAAGAAGAUAUCCUAGAAAUGUACAGUUUUUAUACAUUUACACUUAGCAUUCUCAGGGUUUUUGUACUUUGUAUUACGGACUGCAGUUUAAGUUAUGAUCUUUUUGGAUUACAAAACAAAACAUUUGAGUUUUUGAGGCAAGAAACUAUAGAGUUUUGAAGACU